CCAAUGCUGGUGACGUAUCUGCUUUGUUGGCAGAAAGCGGUAUAUGCUCUCUUCUUCCAUGAACCGCGAAACGCUUGUUCUGCUUCCUGAUCAUCAAAAUGUUACAUUCGUAACCGCAUGCUAUUUGUUUUACAUUUCAUGAUCACUGGAUUAUAACUCAAAGGAAAAAAAUGGAAUCUCGAAUGAAAAGCAAGGCAUUGAAAAGGUACGUGUUCGUCAUCAUUUUAAUCUCUCUGCUGAAUACAGCAUCUUCUGUUACUCAUUAUUCUAUACCUGAAGAAUUGGAUGAGGGAUCUAUAGUGGCUAAUUUGGCAACGGAUCUGGGAUUGGAUGUUGAAACCUUGAGCAGACGCAAGAUUCGUCUCGACACUGUAGCAAAUAAAAAAUAUCUGGAUAUUAACAAAGAAACGGGAGAUCUGUUCAUUGUCGAGAGAAUCGAUCGUGAACACAUUUGCACAACCAAGUCUGGAACAACGUGUGUUCUUAAACUGGAUGCCACAAUCGAUAACCCUGUACGAAUGUUUAACAUUGAGCUAGAAAUUGUUGAUAUUAACGACAAUGCUCCUCAUUUUAGAAGGGACACGAUGCAUUUGGACAUUUCAGAGUCAACGCCUGUGGGAGAACGAUUCUCUUUAAACAAUGCUGUGGAUCCUGAUAUCGGUGUUAAUUCAAUUAAAACAUACUAUCUCAGUGAAAGCGAUCAUUUUUCUAUCGAGAUUCAAACCGGACGGGAUGGAUCGAAAUUCACGGAUUUGAUUCUUAAAAAAGCUUUGGAUAGAGAACAACAUGCAAUACAUAAUUUGAUCCUCACUGCUGUGGAUGGAGGAGUCCCCGCGCGCUCUGGCACGGCUAGCAUUAUUGUGCGCGUUCUGGACACUAAUGACAACGCCCCUCAGUUCGAUAAAGACAGUUAUACUAUAAAUCUAACAGAAAACUCGCCUACUGGAAGCCUUGUAGUGAAAUUAAACGCCACAGAUAAAGACGAGGGAUUAAAUUCAGAAUUACUUUACUCUUUUAGUUUGUAUACAUCAGAGAAAACGCAGCAAACAUUCAGUCUGAAUCCUAACAAUGGUGAAAUCAGAGUGAAAGAAAUGAUUAAUUAUGAGGAUUUCAGGAUCUAUGAUAUGGAAAUUAUAGCAACAGAUAAAGCAGCUAAUAGUCUCUCUGGAAAGUGCAAAGUAAAGAUUUUAAUCACAGAUAUGAAUGAUAAUCAUCCUGAAAUUUCUAUAAAAUCAUUCACAAGUCCAGUUAAAGAAGAUGUGCCUGUAAAUACAGUAAUUGCAGUUGUUAGUGUGAGUGAUAAAGACUCUGGAGAAAAUGGACAGGUAGAUAUUCAUAUUUCUGAUGAUUUACCUUUUGCACUUAAAGAAUCAUCUGAUAAUUAUUAUGAAUUAUUAAUUUCAGAACCGUUAGACCGUGAAAAGGUUGCAGAAUAUGACAUCACUAUUACCGUCACUGACAGGGGCAACCCGCCGUUAUCUGAUAAUGAAACUAUAACUUUAGAGCUACUGGACGUUAAUGACAAUGUUCCUCAGUUCCCGCAGACAUUCUACACGAUACCUGUUAUGGAGAAUAACGCGCCUGGAGCUUCACUGAGCUCUUUAACUGCUGUAGACCCAGAUCUCCAUGAAAAUCAGUAUCUAGUUUAUUUUAUAAUAGAGAAGGAAAUAGUGAACACCUCCAUGUCCAUGCUGUUCUCCAUUAACCCAGAGAACGGUAAUCUUUACGCGCUAAAGACCUUUGACUAUGAGAUGGAGAAGGAGUUUCUUUUCCACAUCGAGGCCAGAGACUCUGGUGUUCCUCCACUCAGCAGUAACGUGACCGUUCACAUUAUUAUCAUGGAUCAGAACGACAACACACCGCUUAUAGUGUCUCCAUGGCGCGCGCACGGCUCGGAGGUGAAGGAAAAGAUCCCGAGAUCCACAGAUAAAGGAACUCUGAUAGCCAAAGUCAUCGCCAUAGACUCUGACUCAGUGCACAACUCUCGAAUCACGUACCAGUUCCUCCAGAACACCGACGCCACGUUAUUCAACUUGGAUCAAUACAACGGAGAGAUCCGGACCAUGAGAAUGUUCAGUUACAGAGACUCGCGAGACCAGCGGCUGGUGGUGAUCGCCAAAGACAACGGAGAGCCCGCGCUCUCUGCUACAGUCACCAUCAAACUGUCCACGGUGGAGACCGCCCUCAAAACCUAUACUGAGGUGCCUUUGGAAUAUGACAUCUUCUCAGAUCUAAACCUGUAUCUGGUGAUCGGCCUGGGCUCUGUCUCAUUUCUUUUACUCAUCACUAUACUGGUGACCAUCGUGCUGAAGUGUCAGAAAGCGAAGCCCAGCAAAGCGGCUCCUCCGUGCAGGAACAGUGUGAUCAGCGAGAGGAACUCGACCAUCGCGGAUUCCACUCUGGUCUCCAACGAUGCCUACUGGUACAGUUUAUUUCUAGCAGAGACGAGGAAAGGAAAGCUGGUGGUCAGACAGCCUGCGCCAAAGGGAGCGAGAUACGUCGUGUCCAGUUUACCGAGGAGCACAGGAGUGACCGAGACCAGUGACUCAGCUGCUUCUACUCUACAGGUAAGACAAUCCACAUCAUUUCAUUAUCACGAGGAAUACAAAUAUUUCAAAAGCUGCAGAAUGGAGGGAUUGGUAAAGUCACAGUUUUGGAGGUAUGUAAUGGUCCUUCUGUUUUUCUCCGCUAUUUUGGACACCGCGUCCUCUGUUACGCACUAUUCUAUCCCAGAAGAAAUGGAGGAAGGCUCUGUUGUGGCUAAUUUAGCCUCAGAUUUGGAUCUGGAUGUGAAAACACUGAGCAGACGAAAAAUGAGGCUUGAUAUUAUAUCUAACAAAAAAUAUCUCAAUGUUAAUAAAGAGACAGGAGAGCUCUACAUUUUAGAAAAGAUGGAUAGAGAAUAUCUCUGUACAACAAAAACAGCAACAACAUGCUUUAUCAAAAUGGAAGUCACACUCGAGAAUCCUGUGCGAAUGUUUAACAUUGAAAUUGAAAUUGUGGAUAUAAAUGAUAAUGCUCCCCAGUUUCGCAGAGAUACGAUCCAUCUCGAUAUAUCAGAAUCUACAGCAGCCGGAGAGAGAUUCUCGCUCAGUAAUGCGGUGGAUCCUGAUAUUGGCUCGAAUUCGGUAAAAACGUAUUAUUUGAGUGAGAGCGAACAUUUUGACAUUGAAUUACAAACAGGGAGAGACGGAUCAAAAUUUGCUGAUUUGAUCCUAAAAAAGCCAUUAGACAGAGAAGAACAAGCUUCACAUAAUCUGAUCCUCACUGCUGUGGAUGGAGGAGUCCCCGCGCGCUCUGGCACGGCUAGCAUUAUUGUGCGCGUUCUGGACACUAAUGACAACGCCCCUCAAUUCGAUAAAGACAGUUAUACUAUAAAUCUAACAGAAAACUCGCCUACUGGAAGCCUUGUAGUGAAAUUAAACGCCACAGAUAAAGACGAGGGAUCAAAUUCAGAAUUACUUUACUCUUUUAGUUUGUAUACAUCAGAGAAAACGCAGCAAACAUUCAGUCUGAAUCCUAACAAUGGUGAAAUCAGAGUGAAAGAAAUGAUUAAUUAUGAGGAUUUCAGGAUCUAUGAUAUGGAAAUUAUAGCAACAGAUAAAGCAGCUAAUAGUCUCUCUGGAAAGUGCAAAGUAAAGAUUUUAAUCACAGAUAUGAAUGACAAUCAUCCUGAAAUUUCCAUAAAGUCAUUCACAAGUCCAGUUAAAGAGGAUGUACCUGUAAAUACAGUAAUUGCAGUUGUUAGUGUGAGUGAUAAAGACUCUGGAGAAAAUGGACAGGUAGAUAUUCAUAUUUCUGAUGAUUUACCUUUUGCUCUCAAAGAAUCAUCUGAUAAUUAUUAUGAAUUAUUAAUUUCAGAACCGUUAGACCGUGAAAAGGUUGCAGAAUAUGACAUCACUAUUACCGUCACUGACAGGGGCAACCCGCCGUUAUCUGAUAAUGAAACUAUAACUUUAGAGCUACUGGACGUUAAUGACAAUGUUCCUCAGUUCCCGCAGACAUUCUACACGAUACCUGUUAUGGAGAAUAACGCGCCUGGAGCUUCACUGAGCUCUUUAACUGCUAUAGACCCAGAUCUCCAUGAAAAUCAAUAUCUAGUUUAUUUUAUAAUAGAGAAGGAAAUAGUGAACACCUCCAUGUCCAUGCUGUUCUCCAUUAACCCAGAGAACGGUAAUCUUUACGCGCUAAAGACCUUUGACUAUGAGAUGGAGAAGGAGUUUCUUUUCCACAUCGAGGCCAGAGACUCUGGUGUUCCUCCGCUCAGCAGUAACGUGACCGUUCAUAUUAUUAUCAUGGAUCAGAACGACAACACACCGCUUAUAGUGUCUCCAUGGCGCGCGCACGGCUCGGAGGUGAAGGAAAAGAUCCCGAGAUCCACAGAUAAAGGAACUCUGAUAGCCAAAGUCAUCGCCAUAGACUCUGACUCGGUGCACAACUCUCGAAUCACGUACCAGUUCCUCCAGAACACCGACGCCACGUUAUUCAGCUUGGAUCAAUACAACGGAGAGAUCCGGACCAUGAGAAUGUUCAGUUACAGAGACUCGCGAGACCAGCGGCUGGUGGUGAUCGCCAAAGACAACGGAGAGCCCGCGCUCUCUGCUACAGUCACCAUCAAACUGUCCACGGUGGAGACCGCCCUCAAAACCUAUACUGAGGUGCCUUUGGAAUAUGACAUCUUCUCAGAUCUAAACCUGUAUCUGGUGAUCGGCCUGGGCUCUGUCUCAUUUCUUUUACUCAUCACUAUACUGGUGACCAUCGUGCUGAAGUGUCAGAAAGCGAAGCCCAGCAAAGCGGCUCCUCCGUGCAGGAACAGUGUGAUCAGCGAGAGGAACUCGACCAUCGCGGAUUCCACUCUGGUCUCCAACGAUGCCUACUGGUACAGUUUAUUUCUAGCAGAGACGAGGAAAGGAAAGCUGGUGGUCAGACAGCCUGCGCCAAAGGGAGCGAGAUACAUCGUGUCCAGUUUACCGAGGAGCACAGGAGUGACCGAGACCAGUGACUCAGCCGCAUCUACUCUACAGUUCGUGCUCAACGGACAGCUGUGUUUUGUGCUCGCAAAGACAACACGCUUCACAGACAGAAUGGAGUACGCAUCAUUACUGCUGUUCUCGGCACUCGUUUACACCGCGUCUUCUGUCACCCAUUAUUCCGUUCCGGAGGAGAUGGAGGUAGGCUCUGUGGUUGCUAAUCUGGCUGCAGAUUUAGGAAUCGAUGUGCAAACGUUGGGAAGGCGAAAAAUCAGGUUAGAUAUCCUUGCAAAUAAAAAAUAUCUGGAUGUGAACAAAGACACUGGAGACCUGUUUAUUUUGGAGCGCAUUGACAGGGAGUAUCUUUGCAUAUCAAAAACAGUAUGUUACUUAAAAAUGGAAGUCAUAUUGGAAAACCCAGUUCGUAUAUUUAACAUUGAAUUGGAAAUAAUGGAUAUUAACGACAAUGCGCCUUACUUUCGUAGGGAUUCGAUUAAUUUGGACGUCUCUGAAUCUACAGCUGCUGGCGAGAGGUUUUCUCUAAGUAAUGCGGUUGACCCUGAUAUAGGUUCAAAUUCCAUUAAAAGUUAUCAUUUGAGUGAGAGUGCAAACUUUGAUAUUGAAAUACAGACAGGGAGGGAUGGUUCAAAAUUUGCUGAUUUAAUACUGAAAAAAGCCUUAGAUCGCGAGGAGCAGGCCAUACAUAAUCUGAUCCUCACUGCUGUGGAUGGAGGAGUCCCCGCGCGCUCUGGCACGGCUAGCAUUAUUGUGCGCGUUCUGGACACUAAUGACAACGCCCCUCAGUUCGAUAAAGACAGUUAUACUAUAAAUCUAACAGAAAACUCGCCUACUGGAAGCCUUGUAGUGAAAUUAAACGCCACAGAUAAAGACGAGGGAUUAAAUUCAGAAUUACUUUACUCUUUUAGUUUGUAUACAUCAGAGAAAACGCAGCAAACAUUCAGUCUGAAUCCUAACAAUGGUGAAAUCAGAGUGAAAGAAAUGAUUAAUUAUGAGGAUUUCAGGAUCUAUGAUAUGGAAAUUAUAGCAACAGAUAAAGCAGCUAAUAGUCUCUCUGGAAAGUGUAAAGUAAAGAUUUUAAUCACAGAUAUGAAUGACAAUCAUCCUGAAAUUUCCAUAAAGUCAUUCACAAGUCCAGUUAAAGAGGAUGUACCUGUAAAUACAGUAAUUGCAGUUGUUAGUGUGAGUGAUAAAGACUCUGGAGAAAAUGGACAGGUAGAUAUUCAUAUUUCUGAUGAUUUACCUUUUGCGCUUAAAGAAUCAUCUGAUAAUUAUUAUGAAUUAUUAAUUUCAGAACCGUUAGACCGUGAAAAGUUUGCAGAAUAUGACAUCACUAUUUCCGUCACUGACAGGGGCAACCCGCCGUUAUCUGAUAAUGAAACUAUAACUUUAGAGCUACUGGACGUUAAUGACAAUGUUCCUCAGUUCCCGCAGACAUUCUACACGAUACCUGUUAUGGAGAAUAACGCGCCUGGAGCUUCACUGAGCUCUUUAACUGCUGUAGACCCAGAUCUCCAUGAAAAUCAGUAUCUAGUUUAUUUUAUAAUAGAGAAGGAAAUAGUGAACACCUCCAUGUCCAUGCUGUUCUCCAUUAACCCAGAGAACGGUAAUCUUUACGCGCUAAAGACCUUUGACUAUGAGAUGGAGAAGGAGUUUCUUUUCCACAUCGAGGCCAGAGACUCUGGUGUUCCUCCGCUCAGCAGUAACGUGACCGUUCACAUUAUUAUCAUGGAUCAGAACGACAACACACCGCUUAUAGUGUCUCCAUGGCGCGCGCACGGCUCUGAAGUGAAGGAAAAGAUCCCGAGAUCCACAGAUAAAGGAACUCUGAUAGCUAAAGUCAUCGCCAUAGACUCUGACUCAGUGCACAACUCUCGAAUCACGUACCAGUUCCUCCAGAACACCGACGCCACGUUAUUCAGCUUGGAUCAAUACAACGGAGAGAUCCGGACCAUGAGAAUGUUCAGUUACAGAGACUCGCGAGACCAGCGGCUGGUGGUGAUCGCCAAAGACAACGGAGAGCCCGCGCUCUCUGCUACAGUCACCAUCAAACUGUCCACGGUGGAGACCGCCCUCAAAACCUAUACUGAGGUGCCUUUGGAAUAUGACAUCUUCUCAGAUCUAAACCUGUAUCUGGUGAUCGGCCUGGGCUCUGUCUCAUUUCUUUUACUCAUCACUAUACUGGUGACCAUCGUGCUGAAGUGUCAGAAAGCGAAGCCCAGCAAAGCGGCUCCUCCGUGCAGGAACAGUGUGAUCAGCGAGAGGAACUCGACCAUCGCGGAUUCCACUCUGGUCUCCAACGAUGCCUACUGGUACAGUUUAUUUCUAGCAGAGACGAGGAAAGGAAAGCUGGUGGUCAGACAGCCUGCGCCAAAGGGAGCGAGAUACAUUGUGUCCAGUUUACCGAGGAGCACAGGAGUGACCGAGACCAGCGACUCAGCCGCUUCUACUCUACAGCAUCUGCUAUUUUCAGAGGAAACUAUGGCGAGUGAAAACACAAGAACGUGGAUGAGCAAGAUUCUUUAUGUGAUGUGUUUGCUGUUUAAUUCCGGAGGAAAUGCUGCUCAGAUAAACUACUCCCUCCAAGAAGAAUCUAAAACUGGAGUCACUGUAGGGAACAUUGCAAAAGACUUGGGGAUUGAUCCGACUUCAUUGGAGAACCGGAAUUUACGCAUUGUUGCGGGGACAAAGCAAGAGCUCUUUCGGGUAAAUCAUGAAGACGGCGCUUUGUUUGUGAACCAGAGGAUAGACAGAGAAGAGCUGUGUGCUAAAACCAACCCGUGUCUCGUUCAUCUUAAAGCAGUGAUAGAAAAUCCACUCGAAAUGCACCAGAUAUCAGUUGACAUCAUCGAUGUCAAUGAUAACCCACCUAGUUUUUUGGAUGAAAACUAUAAAUUGGAAAUACUUGAAUCUGCAAUGACAGGAGCACGAUUUCAGUUAGAAACUGCUCACGAUCCAGAUAUAGGCUCAAACGACUUGCAGGCAUAUAAACUGAGCCAAAAUCAUUAUUUUCGUUUAGAAACGGAAGACAUGGGAGACGAAGGUAAGAUCCCUGUCCUCAUUCUACAAAAACCUCUUGAUAGAGAAAAAAGCGCAAGGCAUACGCUAAUAUUAACUGCGACGGACGGCGCAAAGCCGCAGAAAUCAACUACUGUAAAUAUUACUAUUGUUGUGUCAGAUGUCAAUGAUAAUACUCCCAUUUGUGAUAAACAAAAAUACACAGUGAAGGUGAAAGAAAACGCCCCUGAAGGAACAUUUCUGCUCCGCGUAAAUGCUUCGGAUUCAGAUGAUGGCAGAAAUGGGGAAAUUGAAUAUUCUUUAAGGAACAAGUUCAGGAACGGAGCAUCUGAGGUUUUUGAUUUAGAUAGUUUAACGGGGGAAUUGAAGAUAAAAGGAGGGCUAAAUUAUGAGGAAAGGCAAGUUUAUGAGCUAAAGAUAGUGGCUGCGGAUAAGGGGGCCGUGUCAUUAUCUACACUAUGUAAUGUGCUUGUCAAUGUUGAGGAUGUCAACGACAACAGGCCUGAGAUUGACGUCACCUCAGUAUCUAGCCACAUACCCGAGGAUGCUCCUCCUGGGACUGUGGUGGCUCUGAUGGGAGUUACUGACCUGGACUCAGGUAUGAAUGGAAAGAUUGUUUGCGCUCUGCCUAAAAAUAUUCCCUUUGAUCUCAAGCCAUCGCCUGAUGGAAACUUUUAUUCUCUGGUAACUAAAGAACACAUUGACAAAGAAUCUAAAUCGUCUUAUGACAUUACCAUAACAGCCAAAGAUUUAGGAACCCCGUCGUUAUCAUCAACGAGAUCGAUUCACGUCGAGGUCACGGAUGUUAACGACAACAGCCCCACAUUUACUCAAAGCCCAUAUACAUUCUACGUGGUUGAAAACAACAAACCAGGAAUUGCUGUUUUCUCUUUAAGUGCAGCUGAUAUAGACGAAGGUGAAAACGCACGUGUCUCGUAUUCAAUUGAUCGAGUGAAUUCAGAUCAAAGCAUGAUAUCAUUUCUGAGUAUUAAUGAGGCGAAUGGUACUGUUUACUCAUUGAAGAGCUUUGACUUUGAGUCUUUAAAAACAUUUCAAUUCUUUGUUGUGGCCAAAGACUCUGGAAGUCCGUCUCUGAGCAGCAACGUGACAGUGAACGUGUUUAUUCUGGAUCAGAACGACAACGUUCCAGUGAUCUUAUAUCCAGUCAGCGCUAACGGUUCUGCUGAGGGUGUGGAAGAGAUUCCCCGGAAUGUGAACGCUGGUCAUUUGGUGACUAAAGUCAGAGCCUAUGACGCAGAUAUAGGAUACAACGGCUGGUUAUUGUUUUCACUGCAGGAAGUUAGUGACCACAGUCUCUUUAGUUUGGACCGCUAUACAGGACAGAUAAGAACCCUUCGCUCAUUCACAGAAACAGACGAGGCCCAGCAUAAACUGCUCAUACUGGUCAAAGACAAUGGGAACGUUUCACUCUCAGCAACAGCGACUGUGAUUGUCAAAGUUGUGGAGCCCAAAGAGGCUUUUGCAGCUUCUGAUGUUAAAAACACAGUAAAAGACGAGGAGGAAAACGACGUGACAUUUUAUCUGAUCAUCACUUUGGGCUCGGUUUCGGUGCUUUUUAUCAUCAGCAUCAUCGUGUUGAUUGUGAUGCAGUGCUCUAAAUCUACAGACUAUUCGUCCAAGUAUUUACAGGAGACAAAUUACGACGGGACUCUGUGUCACAGCAUCCAGUACAGAUCUGGAGACAAACGGUACAUGUUAGUUGGACCCAGAAUGAGUAUCGGCUCCACAAUAGCGCCAGGCAGUAAUAGGAAUACUCUAGUGAUACCAGAUCGCAGGAGGAGAGAUUCUGGAGAGGUAAGAUGCUUCAUGAUGGAACCCGAUGGACAAAAGCGCAGAUGGGAGUGCUGGUGGAUCUCUUUGUGUUUUUCUUUUCUGUUGUGCUUCGGACAGCAGGUUUCAGCUCAGAUAAGGUACUCUAUUCCAGAGGAAGUGAAAGAAGGAACAAUCGUUGGAAAUAUUGCAAAGGAUUUGGGGCUUGAAGUCAGUGCUUUGGCGGACAGGCGGUUCCGCAUUGUAUCUGGAUCCAAUGAUGAUUUUUUCCAGGUAAAUCAGAACGGCGUCUUGCAUGUUCAUAAGAAAAUCGACCGAGAAUCGCUGUGUGAUAGUCAUAGUGCAUGCAUGAUCAAUCUGAAGAUUAUCGUCGAAAAUCCCCUUGAAAUACAUUACUUUGGAGUAGAGGUGAUUGAUGUAAAUGACAAUUCGCCUACUUUCAGUGAACAUGAGAAACGAUUGGAGAUUUUGGAAUCGACUGCUCGAGGGACGCGUUUUCAGCUUAAGGCGGCGCGUGACCCGGAUGCAGGGGGAAAUUCUGUUCGUACAUACAAAUUAACCCAAAAUGAACACUUUGAUCUUCAAGUCCGAGAUCAGGGAGAAGAUAAGCUGCCAUUUUUAGUUUUACAAAAAACUCUUGACCGUGAGAUUAAUGACGAAUAUAAUUUAGUUUUAACAGCAAUAGAUGGAGGAAAUCCACAAAAAUCAGGAACUCUAAAUAUUACUAUUAACGUUCUUGACAUAAAUGACAAUAGACCGUUUUUUAGCCAAGAUAUGUAUUCUACAACUCUAAAAGAAAAUAUACAAGUUGGAACGCUAGUCAUUCAGGUUCAAGCAAGUGAUGCAGAUUAUGGUUCAAAUGGAGAGGUCACAUACGCAUUUGGCAGCGAUCAGAGCCCAAAGGUGUAUGACAUAUUUAGUUUGGAUAAACUGACAGGUGACAUUCGUGUGAAAGGGGACAUAGAUUUUGAGGACAAAUCUAUUUACAAACUUGAUGUUCAAGCCUCUGAUAAUGGCCAGCCCCCUAUGAAGACAGACUCCAGAGUUGUCGUAAAAAUUUUAGACACAAACGAUAAUACGCCUGAGAUCGAUGUAACGUCACUGUCUAAGAUGGUGUCUGAAGAUUCCAAGUCUGGUACUGUAAUCUCACUCAUUAGUGUUACUGACAGAGACACUGGUGUUAACGGAAAAGUUGUGUGCUCUCUCUCAGAAAAUGUUCCAUUUGAAUUAAAACCAUCAGUUCAGGACAACAUGUUUUCGUUAGUCACUAAAAGGAACCUGGACCGUGAAAUCAUAUCAAAUUAUGAAAUUACAAUAACAGCGACCGACUUGGGUCAGCCUCCACUGUCCUCCUUUAAAACUCUGAGCGUGCAGGUGUCCGAUGUUAAUGAUAACCCGCCUGAAUUUAGCAUAAAUCCUAUUGAAUUAUAUAUGAUUGAAAACAAUGCUGCAGGCGCGCCCAUUCUCACACUGAGUGCUUUUGACAAAGACCUAAAUGAAAACUCUGUGAUUUCAUAUCAGAUUAUUAAAGGGAGUGACAUUACAUCGUUUUUAAAUAUUAAUUCGGAAACAGGCGGAAUUUAUGCACUUAAAAGUUUUGAUUUUGAAGCUACCAAAACUUUCCAGUUCCAUGUGCUCGCUAAAGACUCUGGAAGUCCGUCUCUGAGCAGUAACGUGACAGUAAACGUGUUUAUUCUGGAUCAGAACGACAACGUUCCAGUGAUCUUAUAUCCAGUCAGCGCUAACGGUUCUGCUGAGGGUGUGGAAGAGAUUCCCCGGAAUGUGAACGCUGGUCAUUUGGUGACUAAAGUCAGAGCCUAUGACGCAGAUAUAGGAUACAACGGCUGGUUAUUGUUUUCACUGCCGGAAGUUAGUGACCACAGUCUCUUUAGUUUGGACCGCUAUACAGGACAGAUAAGAACCCUUCGCUCAUUCACAGAAACAGACGAGGCCCAGCAUAAACUGCUCAUACUGGUCAAAGAUAAUGGGAACGUUUCACUCUCAGCAACAGCGACUGUGAUGGUCAAAGUUGUGGAGCCCAAAGAGGCUUUUGCAGCUUCUGAUGUUAAAAACGCAGUAAGAGACGAGGAGGAAAACGACGUGACAUUUUAUCUGAUCAUCACUUUGGGCUCGGUUUCAGUGCUUUUUGUCAUCAGCAUCAUCGUGUUGAUUGUGAUGCAGUGCUCUAAAUCUACAGACUAUUCGUCCAAGUAUUUACAAGAGACAAAUUACGACGGAACUCUGUGUCACAGCAUCCAGUACAGAUCUGGAGACAAACGGUACAUGUUAGUUGGACCCAGAAUGAGUAUCGGCUCCACAAUAGCGCCAGGCAGUAAUAGGAAUACUCUAGUGAUACCAGAUCGCAGGAGGAGAGAUUCUGGAGAGGUAAGGCUGGCGGAUUUAUUAUUUUUGCACUCUUUGAAUUACACGGGACGUGUUCCUCAGGCGACGGUUUUCAGCAUGGAUGCUGGAGAACAAAGGCGCCGAUGGGAGUACUGGUGGAUUUCUCUGUGUUUCUAUUUGUUAAUAUGCCUCGGACAGCAGGUUUCAGCUCAGAUAAGAUACACUGUUUCAGAGGAGGUCAAAGAGGGAUCGAUUGUGGGAAAUAUUGCAAAGGAUUUGGGUUUUGAUGUCAGUGCUUUGAUGGACAGGAGGUUCCGAAUUGUCUCUGGAUUAAAUGACGCCCUUUUCCAGGUAAACCAGAAUAAUGGCAUCUUGUAUGUGGACAAGCUUAUCGACAGAGAGGCGCUAUGUGAUGGAACUAAUGCUUGUUUGAUAAGUCUAAAGACAGUUGUUGAAAAUCCUCUUGAGGUCCAUUAUGUAGAAGUUGAAAUUACCGAUGUAAAUGAUCAUGCACCAGUUUUUGCUGAUAAAGAUGUGCUGUUAGAAAUAGCAGAAUCAACCCUACCGGGUGAAGACAUUCAGUUGCAGGAAGCACAGGACCCUGAUGCAGGCGUGAAUUCUGUUCGUUUUUAUAAACUAAGCCAAAAUGAAUAUUUUGAACUUGAGCUUCGGGAAAACGGAGGAGAGAAAAAAAUCCCAAUCUUAAAAUUGCGUAAAUUACUUGACAGGGAGCGUCAGGUAACUCACAGUCUUAUACUGACUGCUGUUGACGGUGGGAAUCCGCCACGAUCAGGGAGCAUCGUUAUUAAUGUCACGGUGCUGGAUGACAAUGACAACAGGCCAAAAUUCAGUCAAGAACUUUAUUCUGUGACAUUGCAAGAAAAUGCUCUAGUUGGUACUCUUGUCAUUAGAUUAAAUGCCACUGAUUUAGAUGAGGGUCUGAAUGCCGAAAUAAUUUAUUCAUUUAUUAAAAAUAUUGAAAGACUAGUUUACACCACUUUUGAUUUGAACAGUAAUACAGGAGAAAUUCGGGUGAAAAGCAAUGUGGAUUUUGAGAAAAACGAUGUUUAUAGAAUUAGUGUUAUAGCGUCAGAUAAAGGCCAGCCACCGAAGACAAGCAACUGUAGAAUUAUAAUUAAAGUGAUUGACGAAAAUGAUAAUGGACCAGAGAUAGAAGUUACCUCCCUGUCUGACUUAGUUCCCGAAGAUUCCAAACCAGGAACGGUCAUUUCUCUUGUUAGUAUUACUGAUAAAGAUUCUGGCGUCAAUGGCAAAGUUGUUUGUAGAAUAUCUGACAACGUUCCUUUUGAACUGAAGCCGUCAUUCAAAGAAAAUAUGUACUCUCUUGUGACGAAUGCAAAGUUGGAUAGAGAGAUCGUUUCUCGAUAUGAUGUCACAAUAACAGCCACAGAUCUUGGUCAGCCUCCUCUGUCCUCUAUCAAAACACUGAAAGUGCAGAUAUCAGAUGUGAACGAUAACGUUCCAGAAUUUCCUCACAAUCCUUUAGAACUGUAUUUAAUGGAAAAUAACCCUCCAGGAGCAUUCAUAUACUCUGUUAGCGCCUUCGACAAAGACAUGAAUGAAAAUGCAGCAAUUACCUAUCAAAUAAUUAGAGAAGAUGGAACAAAAAGUCACAUGUCGUCCUUCCUUAAUGUAAACUCAGACAAUGGACAUAUACACGCGCUUAAAAGUUUCGACUUUGAAACAGUAAAAAUGUUCCAGUUCCAUGUGCUCGCUACAGACUCUGGAAGUCCGUCUCUGAGCAGUAACGUGACAGUGAACGUGUUUAUUCUGGAUCAGAACGACAACGUUCCAGUGAUCUUAUAUCCAGUCAGCGCUAACGGUUCUGCUGAGGGUGUGGAAGAGAUUCCCCGGAAUGUGAACGCUGGUCAUUUGGUGACUAAAGUCAGAGCCUAUGACGCAGAUAUAGGAUACAACGGCUGGUUAUUGUUUUCACUGCCGGAAGUUAGUGACCACAAUCUCUUUAGUUUGGACCGCUAUACAGGACAGAUAAGAACCCUUCGCUCAUUCACAGAAACAGACGAGACCCAGCAUAAACUGCUCAUACUGGUCAAAGACAAUGGGAACGUUUCACUCUCAGCAACAGCGACUGUGAUUGUCAAAGUUGUGGAGCCCAAAGAGGCUUUUGCAGCUUCUGAUGUUAAAAACACAGUAAAAGAUGAGGAGGAAAACGACGUGACAUUUUAUCUGAUCAUCACUUUGGGCUCGGUUUCAGUGCUUUUUGUCAUCAGCAUCAUCGUGUUGAUUGUGAUGCAGUGCUCUAAAUCUACAGACUAUUCGUCCAAGUAUUUACAGGAGACAAAUUACGACGGGACUCUGUGUCACAGCAUCCAGUACAGAUCUGGAGACAAACGGUACAUGUUAGUUGGACCCAGAAUGAGUAUCGGCUCCACAAUAGCGCCAGGCAGUAAUAGGAAUACUCUAGUGAUACCAGAUCGCAGGAGGAGAGAUUCUGGAGAGGUAAGGCUGGCGGAUUUAUUAUUUUUGCACUCUUUGAAUGUAGAUUUGUGA